AAGAAAAAAAGGUCUUUCCUUUUCUCUUACGCGAUUUAACACCAAACUAACAGUGACUGAUGAUUCUUUUUCUUUUUCUUUUUUUUUUUUCUCUUUCUCUCUCCACAUAAUGAUGAAUGAUCCUUCCUUUAAUCUAACUUCAGUAAAUUGAAAUAUAUUUUUUUUAAUUUUCUGGCAAGGGCAGCUUGUCAGAAAUUAGGGUUUUUAAUACCAUUUCACAAGACAGCCCACAAAUUCCCCUUCCGGAUAAUGUUCCAAGCCAUGGUUUGGAUAUCAGUAAUUACUUGAAGUGUAAAGAGUAGCGGAGCUCAUUUUGAAUAUUCGGAGGAAUUGGUCUUGAAAGAUGGAGGAUCAAAAAGUUUUGCCUGAUGAGUCCUCUGUAUCCUUAGUUAGGGAAGUUAGAGCAGAAGAAGACGAGGAAGACUUUCGGAGCUGUUGCGAGGAUGAUGAGGUAUGGAAGGAAACUGAAGAAGUGGUAAAGGAAGAAGAAAGGGAAGAGCUUGAUGAAUUUUCAGUGAAGAUGUUCUUUAAGGGCAUCUCUUUAGCUGACACUGGAGACUCUGGUUCGGGGUUUUCAGGAAUUGGGGUGGUUAUGGAGAGAUCAGCUGAUAGUCCUGUUAUUCAAGUGCAGAAAAAGCUUGACUUUUAUGUGGAGGAAUCGGUGGCUGAUUAUUUAGCUAUAAUGGAUGGUUUGACGGAGGCUGUGCAGAACAAAAUCCACCGUGUAUAUGCCUUUACUGAUUCCGCAUCGUUAUAUGAUCAGAUUACAUCCGAGGAAAAACUCGACAAUCCACUUUUGAUGGCACUGAGGGAAAGAAUCCUCGAACAUACCCGUAGUCUGGAAGAGUUUGUUCUGAAACUUGUUCCAAGCACCAAUCUUCUAAGGCCAUUGCAGCUAGCCCAAGUAGCAAUAGGAGUCAUUUCUUGCUCUGUCAAGGGAGAUAAAUCUCUUGAAAAUUGUUCAAUCUGCUGUGAGGACAAGUUAUCAUUAAUGAUGAUCACCAUGAAGUGUUCACAUAAAUUCUGUUCCCAUUGUAUGAGAACUUAUGUUGAUGGUAAAGUGCAGUCAUCCCAAGUCCCAAUCAGGUGCCCUCAGUUACGAUGCAAAUAUUACAUCUCCACUGCUGAGUGUCGAUCUUUUCUUCCACUUGCUUCCUAUGAGUCUUUAGAAAGAGCCCAAGCAGAAGCAAAUGUUCUUCAUUCAGAUGGAAUAUACUGUCCUUAUCCAAAUUGUUCUGUCUUGCUUGAUCCUCGUGAAUGCUUAUCAACUAGGGCCAGUUCAUCUAGGCAAUCAGAUAAUAGCUGUGUUGAGUGCCCAGUUUGUCGAAGGUUUAUAUGUGUGGAAUGUGGAGUUCCAUGGCAUUUGUCAAUGAGUUGUGAAGAGUAUCAGAACCUUCCCCUGGAGGAAAGAGAUGCUGCGGAUAUUACUUUGCAUCGGUUGGCACAAAACAAGAGGUGGAGGCGUUGCCAGCAGUGCCGUAGGAUGAUUGAACUUACUCAAGGUUGCUAUCACAUGACAUGCUGGUGCGGGCAUGAGUUCUGCUAUUCUUGUGGUGCUGAGUACAGGGAUGGUCAGCAGACUUGUCAAUGCGCCUUUUGGGAUGAAGACAACUCUGAAGACUUGGUCACACAUUCUGUCCAAGAAUCAGAACAAUGGACAUGGGAUACUUUCAAUUCAUUCCCUAUGAUCAUGGAUGCAUACUCAGACCAAGAAAGAUCACAGCUGGCAUUAAUACAAAGGUUCCUUGCUGGGGGUUUUAGUCUGAGUGAGCAUCACCCAUAUCAAUCUCCACCCCGCUGUACAGAUUCCUAUGUAGAUGCCAUGAAGGACCUUCAUCAGCUUCCUUGGCUCGAAAGAUUUGUCUCUGUAAUAAGUGACAACUACUACGAAGACUAUAUCCAAUGAAGCUAGUGUAGAUCAUUCCAAUAUUAGGUAAUAAGUUGCUAAUGAAUCCAACAAGGUUUACAAGAGAGGCAAAGAGUUUCUCACUCUAUUGGCUCCAUUUUCAUUUACACAAAUUUGUUGAGAUCAGCACUCCUCCCUCUAUGUAGUUCUUUUUAGUCAUUAACUACAUGCUGGAAGAUAAAAUACCCUGGAGGUCUUUGCGGAAGAUUCUUGCAUGAUAGUUGCUUUCUUUUUGAAAGAAAAAGAAAGAAGAUAGGGUAAACAUCUUUGUAAUGUCAUCAAAUUGAAAGAAAGUUAAUGAAACAAAUCUUUUCUCUUUGA